GCUUCUCCCAGGCUGACGUCAGCUGACUGCUCUCCUGCUCUCCGCUCUCCGCUCCUCCGGACACAGCGCCGCGGAAAAAUGCUGCUCUCUGUGCCGCCAAGGACAGGAAUCAACCCUUACAACGGCUUCACCAGCAAAAACAGCAAAAGGGUAAAGAAAACAACACCAUCGCCUACUUUUAUCCUCUCUUUGUGAUACAUUGAGUGAUUUCUCGGUGUGUUCGAGCUCUGCCUCUUUAGUUAAAGCUGCUCGGCUGUUUAAGCUGCAGUGUCCUUGAAAGUAGAUCACAGGCGACGUUUUAACUGUUACACGCUGUUGCAACCAAUACUCGCGGCUUUUCGGUUUGUUGUUUACAUUAUUUUGUUAAAAACUACCCAAUGGCCCGUUACAUAGUUGCCUGUAGAUUAGCUACUUCAGUUUGCUUUCGCUUUUUUUCCCCGUCGCUGAUCUCUUCCUCUAUCCAGCCUGCACUCAUAAAUGUGGGGUAGAUGCUCCUAAGGCUUGAGCAAACAGAAACACUUUAUUAUGUGACUUUUUGGUUAUAUCUAUGGUCUCUUAUUAACGGCAUUUUCCCCCAGAUUUUGUUUUCAUUUAAUUAACCACAAGUUGGUAAAGUUUUUUUUUUCCUCUUUUACGCGUUACGAUAUAUACCCCACCCCUUCAGCCCUCCUAAUGAUGACUGAGAGGGUUUGCAUGGAAAGAGGAAAGUGACAUAGCCCGUGUAAUCAGUCUAAUGUACAAGUUAUGUGUGGAUAUAUAACAUCUCACCCGUGGAGCAGUGACAACAGAGCUUGGCCAAGACAGAAGAGUAUUGAUUUGCUUGUCUCCCUUAUAUGAAUAAUUCAUGAGAAUACAUCUUUGUCCAUUUUCAACCUCUCUUAUGUCAAGACUUGUUACAUCCAAGGACAUUGAGAUUUAACAGCAUUGUUGUAAAGAUCUGCAUGGAGUAUUCUGACUGGGAAUUUCAUUGCAGAAAUUGUCUUUAAGUGAUGGAGAUUAUGUGUGACUAGAAAGGGAUAUGAAGUAUGUUGACACCUUCCCGCAGCAGCAUUUCUUAAGAAACGUUUGAAGUAAGCUGAAAUCAAACACCUCCCUCCAUCUCUGUUAUUCCUUCCCCUGCCUCACGGCUGGCAGGAAUUCAGAUUGUUCAGAUUAAUGACCUGGAAUUCCUGGAAUCCUGGAUUCAAACAAUGUGCUCACUUCAAGAAGGCUUCUGCUAACACAAACCUUUUCCUUGAAAGAAGACACACAUCCUUUUUUUUUUCUUUUUUUUCUUUUUUGUCAAGGCACCAAAGUCACACAAGGGAAAGUCUUGUAAAUUCAGCGUCAAGUGGUAACCCCUGGUCUGUGUCUUUUACUACAAGAAAAAGGGCGGAGAAAAGAAAGGAUUAAGAGACCCCCCCUCCUCUGCUUUCGAUUAACUCCCCCCUCUUUUUUCUCUCCCCCCUGUGUUUCACAUACCUUGAUUUCUUGUCUGUCAGUGGUUUGGUUCACAUGGAGAAGAGAGCCCUAGAAUUGCUUCAUACUUGUGAGUCUUUUGUCCACAUAACUGACUUUCUGCUCUCAUCCGUAGGCUUAAUACCUGUAGUAAUAUACCUGUUGAGAAAAGACUUUUUUAAGAGCACAUUGAGAUUUUUCCCGCAUUUUCUGAUUUUAUUUAACUGGAAUAAGGUGCUUGACAAGAGAAAGAACUCAUACCUUUUUGGACGCCAAGGAUAUUCAACACUUUUUAAAUUUCUUUCUUCAAAAGCUUUUUUUCUUGCAGCUGCAGAAACAAGAUUUUUUUUCCUUUGACAGUAUGAUCUUUACAUUGCCAUUUAAAGUGUCUUUAUCAAAGCAGGUAGGAACACACGUCUAAGACUUUUCUCUCCAAAUAUAGUCAUGUCUGUUUUCUGGCAUUACUUCAUGCAUCAAUGAAACGUUCCUGUGGUAACCAGGUUACAACAGGUUUCCAGAUUUAAAUAUCUUAUGUAUUUAAAUUAGGGGUGUCCCGUUACGAUAUUGAUAUUGGAUACCAGUCCCAUGUCAGCCAGAAAACGAAUAUCGGAUUAUAUCGGCCUGCAUCUAAAAUCUCCGAUAUCAGCACUCCGAUCCAAGCAGUCUAUUCCAGACUCCAUUCUGGCACCUCUAUUUAGCAGCGCCUUGAUCCAGCAAGCUGAGCCCACAAAAUCACAACAACAGUGUGUACUAAGGUACUAACAAAGUAGAAAGGAGCAGGAGUGUUGUUGGCCUUGUGGCAGUAUUUUUUGUUCAAGUCUGAAAAAGACAUUGCAGCUGAGUGAGAAACUUGUCAUGCAUAAUUUUGUGUCAUAACGGAUCAAUAUCGGUAUCGGUCAAUAUUGAAGGCUACAAUAUUGGUAUCGUAUCGGAAGUCAAACAGUUGUAUCAGGACAACCCUAAUUUGAGCAACAUUAGUAUGAUACUUCUCAAGAAGACAAGCAUAUGCAUAAACUGGUAUGACGAUAAAUGACUAAAUGGUUUGAUUUUUAGAGGACUUUAUUAGCUUGGUCUAGCUUCUAUGAUAGCAUUGGCAAUGAUGUCUGCUUUGUGUCUGACAAUCAGGCUCAUACUUUUGCUGUUAUUAUUAAGGCAUACUCUGAGCACUUGUUGUUCCCCCUCAGAAGAAAAAGUCCUUGAAUCACCUACGCUCCCUACAGGCAUCACCUCUGCUCCCUCUAACUGUAAUCACCUCAUCAGUCUUCAGCUGCUGCCUUCUGCACUCACUCUCUGCAACAUGCUGGUGGCCCUUAACUGUAGUUAUGGUUCUUGCACAGCAUCAACGAUAAUGCAAUGAGCUGACCUGUCUUCUCUGCAACCAUAACUGCAUGCUUGGCAAAAGUAAUGGGGAUGUGAGGAUUGUGUAUUUCAAGCUUGUUUGCACGGAGAGUUAAAGUAGUUGUAGUUUAGUUGCUGAGAAAAAGUCCUAAACAGGAAGUGAUCCGUUUAUUUUACUGAACAUCAAUCGUUUUGUAGGUCUGUGUGUUUCAUCUGCAAAAGCCGUGAGCUUGACAUGUCAAAAGGACACGUGAUGACUCCAAGAACUAGCUUCUUCGACAUUUAUCUAACGCCUUCUCUGCAGUAACUCUGGUCCACUUAAAGGAGGGAAACAUAAACAUGUCUGUAUUUUAGAGGAAUCCUAAGAACGCUGUAGGAGAUGACACUGUGAUAGAUGUAAGGAAGUCAAAAAAGGACAUGAAGGUAGUUAUAGACGGUGAAGACAAAAUUAGAAAGGAAAUCAGGUACAUGCCAGGAGGUCAGGUUUUAUGAAAAAGACUGCUAAGAUGUGCAACAGUGUGUGCUGAAAAAAAAGAAGUGUGAUUUCCAGUUAUGCAUGUAUGAGACUUUUGUCAUGCUGCCCGACUUUCCUUAGCUCACUGCUAUUAUUUUUCAUGCACAAUUGAGUGUGCACUGCAUUUACAAGUGCGUCAGGCAUUACCUUACAUGGGAGGUAAAACACCUGGUAUUGGGGCAGAUGGGGAGUAGGUGUGAAUCUGUCUUACUGCCAUCCUUCUCUCCAAAGGAGCCUAACAGAGCCCCCUUAAUGAGACACUACCUUCUGACUUGAGAGCACAUGAGAGGGAUUAGCAUUUUCCGCUAACAAGCUCAGAUCCCAAUUAGACAGGCCUCACUAGCUAGGCUUGGGCCCAGGCUCAGUCUUCAGUCAGAUCCUAUCUCCCAAGGCCACUGCAGGUGCAGUCCCCCUGAUAGUGUGUGGGCCUCCUGCAUUGGAGGCUCAUUGAAUCACAGCAAUCUUCUGAGUUUUACUUAUGAAUCCUUCUAUGAAUCCUGGAAUCCUGACAGUAUGAUCUUUACAUUGUCCUUUAAAGUUUCUUUAGCAAAGCAGGUAGGAAUACAUGUAGACACAGUAGAAUUUUAAACUUUCACAGACAGCUUUAAGCACUCAAGGCAGCCAGGAAGCUUGUUUUUGGUGAAGUUGGCUAGUUAUCACUUUGUUGUGAUAGUGUCCCAAAAAGUUCCUUCAAAACAUGAAAGUGCAAGUAUGAGCCUUUACAGUAGGGAUGGAAAGUUCAGCUCUUUUCAGGGAGCAGAUUCUGUUGGCCCAGCUCCCACAGAAAAACCAUCUCUUUCGACUCCAAAACCGCUCUUAAUUUAGGAUAUUUUGUAGCCCUAUAUUUCAUCUUAACUUUAACAUACAGUAUUUUUAUGAGAAGUCUCAUGACUUCCUAACUUUGUGCAAUUGUUCUGUUACAAAACCAUUCUUCCUUUUGUUUUAUAUUUUAGUCAAACAUUUUAAUUGCACAAAUUUAAAAAAAAAACUGCAAACAAGUCCACAGAACCAGAACCAAACUCAAGGAAACAGUUUUAGUGCAGGUUGGCAUUGAGAAAAGCAGAUGCCUCAGCUAGGAUGGGCUGAUCCGAUUUCUUCUCAUCCUGAUUGUCUGCCCUGUCUCUGUUUUCACAUAAUGGUAUGAUCCUAUAUCCUCACAUGUGAUUGACCACAUGGCUGCCACGCUGGCCAAUCAAAACAAAGUUCUGUGAGCAGAGCUGGGAAUGAGCACUUUGAGAGUGCAAAAAGAACAAAAAUCGGAGCCAGCUCUUCUGAUUCAUUACAAUGCAGCAGGCUCUUAGAGUCGCAUCUUUUGUGCAUGGCACAUCACUACUUUACUGUAUUAAAAUAUAACAGCUAAAAAAACUUAACUGUGAUCUUCUCCUGCAGGACUUACAACUGGAUAGCUAGCUAAAUAGAAUAUACCGUACCUGUCAAACCUUGGUCUUUAAUGUCCCAUCAAUACCAAGUUAUACUGUGUAAUGAGCUGUGGCAUCUACGCUCUAACUGCUAAAAUAUUCUUUGAAGGUACCACCUCUGUUUUCAUACAGCCGAGAUUAUGGUGGACGAAAAUUACCAACACAACUUUUGACCAAUAGGAGCUCUUCUUCUGAUAGCUGUUGUGUGAUUUAUGGGUCAGGUGGUGACAGAUUCAGGUCUGGUCAUUGCAAACAUGUUGAGUAUAAAAAAACAUUACAGUUUGAAAGUGAGACUUAUGUUUCUAUCCUUUAUCUAAACUAAAAAAGAAUUAUGGCUCACAUUUAAUUUUCAAGUUUUAUUUUUUAAGUUACAUCCCCGUGUCUCUGGAAUUAUCUGGAAGUCAGAGAAGAUCCUCCAAAGAUUGAUUUAAAGGUCAUAAUUAGCUUGAUUCCAGCGGUCUUUUGACAACCCCUGCUCUGUUAAUAAGCUGGUGCUCCAGUGCUGACCUUAUGGUGUUCAACAAGCCAUCCCAUUGUUCCCCAGGGCUGAGCCUGCUGACCCUGACUAAUCAAACAGUUCCUCCUCCGCCAACACAGGGAGGAGGGCAAGCCCGGGGGCCGGACUCAGCUGGCAUUUUACUUCUGUACCUAAUUGAUAAAGUUUAUCAGGCAUCAUGAUGUAGACCACUGACAGGAUUCUUAUAAAUAAAAACAGCUCUUAUGUAGGAUUGGUCCAUGUUUGCUCCUAUCUUUGCAUGCAUUGCUAAAAUUCCUUGUUUUUGGCAUAUUUUUGGGUAUAUUGAAGCUAAUCAUGAAAGAAGAUGCUUUCCGGAAGCAUGCAUGUAAACAGCCUUGUCUGUUUACAAAAUCAGCUUGGCAGACCUGUUGUAAUACAAUCUUCACAUUUUCAGUGCAUGCAGUCCUGUGUGAGACUGAAAAAGUUCUACUUGACUUUGAUUUAAGACCAUCUUCUCCUGAAAGAUUAGUUUAUGCAAAGUAGAGACCAGUGCCACUACCAAAAGACAGUGUUAGUGAUUGGAAUUUUCUUUUGCUGCCAAAAGCAAUAAAGAUACAUUCAAAAAGCAAAUUUAUAUGUAUUAUUUUUUCCAAAGAUUAACUUGAUAGUUACAAAUGAUAAUCUACUGUUCUCUCUGAGCGCAGUUUUGCCUGGAAACAUUUCAAAGACUCCCAGUAAAAAUAGUUUGCCAAAAACUUUCUGGCUUCCACCAACAACAAAAGGCCUUUCUUGCAGCAGCGUAGAGGUCAGCCACUUCACUCGUUCAAGCCCGAUGUGAUAUUAAGUGCUUUGUUUUGACUUUAUAAAUGGUCUCGGUUGCCAGCAUGAGACACACCAAGCGUAGUACUCAUGUACGCUAUAAACAUUUAUGGUUGACUUUUCUGCCAAAAGCAGCAUUUCUCUAAAGUCCUGCAUCACUCAGAAGUAGGUCAGUUUAAAUUAGACAUUUAAAUACAAGCUACAAUGUUGACCUUUACAAACUUAAGUAUCGGCAUGUGCAUCAUACACACUAAUUGUUACAUAUCGCCAUGAUAAGCAGGGUAUCAUAUGCUUCACAUUUACAAACAGAGUAAUAAAUCUAUACGGUAGCCUUCUUUGACGCAAGAAAAUUACUUUUACGGACCAUAGCUUUUUAUUAGAUAGAGUAAGGUCAGAGUAAGCGGGCUGAUAGUGCAUAUUGACUUGUAGAGCUACCAUUCAUUUAUCUCCCAAGCAAACAGCAUGAACAGGUGGAAAUAGAAUAGCUGCUCACAGAGGAGUGUGAUUAAUUCUAUCAGUGGACGUUUGUUUAGUGUCCUUGCCUUUACGUUGGAGAUAUUGCGAUUUCAGUUGUUGCUAAACAGAGCACAUUCACAUGCUGUAGUAGGCUAGAUUGUCUACUCAUGGAACUUGCAUGAAUAGAUCAAUGUGUGUAAUGUUUUAAUAUGAAUGUGUGCACACCCUGCUCUACAGUGUUCAGCAUAAAUGAGUACACCCCUUCAGAGUUAUCAGAAAACCUUUAGUUUCCUUUUAAAAUCAACAUUUUCUAUGUCAGACUACACAACAAAAUAUUUCCCCAAAUGUAGUCCAUUGAUUGCAAACAAGAUUUUUGAAGUUGCAUACAAAAAAAUAUAUAUUUUUUCAAUUUAAAAUCAGGAUGCAAAAAUGAGUACACUACACCCCAAUCAAAGUUCUAGGAGCAUAGCUAAAUUUUAGCUACCAUAUCCAAUUAUUUUCAUCGUAUGGUAAAUAAAAUGUGUUAAACUCAGCUUUGUCAAAACUUUGGAAAUUGUACUUUUGCUGAUCCAGAUAUUGAGUAAUACAUUACUUUUAAUAGGGGGUGUACUGACUCAUGCUGGGCACUUAAGGUGCAUGCUGUGUUUUCACUUCCACUUGUCCUUCUCUCUUUAGAAGGGAAAGCUGUCUGUUUUAUAAAAAGUGUUAGCUGAUGUGUAAAGUCCAAAUGAAGCUGCUUAGUUGCCAUUGUCAUCAGGCCUGUGACUCUGCAGUCUAAUUUGUUAUUAUCAUACAUUGUCAUUGAAGAACCCAACCACCAUUGCUCAUUUUCUGGCUUGUUGUGUCCUUUUAUGUCCUUAAUGGGUCAGUUAUUAGACCAUUAGCCAGCUGUUCUUCUUCAAUAUCAAAUUAUGCACAUAAGAAGUGAAAUUUAUCAUCCAAAACCUGACUGUUUCUUUUCUUUUAUCUGCAGCAAACGUAUGUGUCCCCAUCCAACCAUCACAUGGCUCCCCCAAGCCCCAACAACAGCCACAGUAACAACUCCAACUCCAUCAGCAAUGGCAACAGCAACAGCAGCAGCAGCAGCAGUGGGGGAGAGCAGCUGAGUAAAACCAACCUUUACAUCCGCGGCCUCCAUCCAGGGACCACAGACCAGGAUUUGGUCAAACUCUGUCAGCCGUAAGUCACCCCAAAAACCAGCGCUCUUAACCCUUACAUAUAUACCCCAUUAAUUUCACUCUUACUGCAUGCUGCGCACUAACAGGUUAUAGUCGCGGGUUCCUUUUUUAAGAGAGAACAGAGCGAUGGGUGCAUGGGUAGCUGAGCGAUUCUGGCUGCAUGACUGCAUACUUGUAUAUAGAAGUUUUAAACAGGUAUUGUUGGAAAGUAAAAGAGAUUUCCACAUUCGUCUAAAUGUUUUAAAAGGCCAUCAUUUAGUGGUCAUAUGGAAAAAACAACAACAACCAUUUGGCCCGCAAACUGAGACGUUUUAGUUUGGCGCGGACUUUCCAAAAACCAGGCACUGAAUGUUUAGUCUCCCUCGCUCACACGUCUUUCUUGUACAUUUAGACUCUUUAAAUGAUGGCUCCUCCAUACUUUAUUCUCGUAGGUUACUAUCUCUCAGUAAGACAACAAUGGGGGACUGUUAUCCUUGCACAAAGUCACAUCCUGCUGUGUAAACACCACACCGCCUUGCUCAUCAGUUUGAGUGUGACUCCUUGUGAGCACUGUGUAGUAGACAUCAAAUAGCAACAUCAUUCACUCCAUCAGAUAUCUUUGUAAGGCCCACAGUGGAAAACAUCAAAACAAGCAGGCCUGAGACGAAUGGUCUGGGUCCUCUUAAUUGAAUUCUGGAGCUUGGUGAUGAGGACCACAAGAGCAGAGUGGGGGGAAGAAAAAAGGAGGGAAUAGGAGGCUGGAGUGAUUGAAAAAUGGAGGGAGGGAGGGAGAGGCCUGCUAUUUUACAGCUGUCUGGAAGAUAUGGCUCACAUGAGGCUGCCCAACCCUGCAGGAAACGGCAAGCCCAGGGGAAAGGGAAAGACAAACAAGGGCAACGGCAUGAAGAGGGAGGUGUGUGUGUGUGUGUGUGUUUGUGCGUGGAAGGGGAUAAAGGGGGUGGACGGGGGAGAAUCAGAGGGGGAGGAGUGACUGGAGUUCAGGGUUUGUGUGUCAGGUGGUGUUUCUGUGGGGGUAGUUCUCAUAUUUCUGCUUUUACAGAGCAGAUAAAAUCACUGCAUGAAAUUUGCCUUUUAGCAGAGCACAUCAAGGCCCAUGUUAUUCUCGGACUACACAAAGACAGGAAACUCUGUCCAAUAAUAGUUAAUGGGGAACAUGCGUGUCGAUGGAGAUGUAAAACAGUAGGAACGACAGAUUGUGGAGGGAAAUUGACUUGUUUAACCCAAGUUUGAACAGGAAAUGUGUGCAUAUUAUCAGGACACUACACUCCUAAAGCUCCCCUCCCCCACACUAAGAGUUGUGUGCAGCUCUGAGAUGUACUGUGUUAGGAGUGAGGGAUGAGAAGAAGGGAUGGGGGUUGGUUCUCCAUCCCUGGCCCCUGCAGUUUUCUCUCUGGGUGCCUCACUGCCGCUCUGGUUCCUGCCCCGGUCCGUCUCUGGUGGUUGAACAUGGAUAGGCAUUGGACUGAAGUACGCUGUGCUCUCACACACAUGGCUGAGUCUGUAGCCCCUCUUUUCACUCUGCAUCAUGUAGUUCAAGACCUCAGAGCAUUAUGAAGUAAACCAGUAUCUAAACCAGAGGAGAGUGCAACACAUAGCCUGUAGCUUAAAUCCUAGUCACACCAUGAAAAUGUAGACUGGGGAGAUUGUUGUGUACCGACUGUUCUAAUACAUCCUGAAAAAAUAGGAAGACAAUGUUAGCAUUCACAUCCAGUCAGACGGGUGGCAUCCUAUAGCCUAGAAUCAGAAAUGCACCAUGAAAUAAUAAUGAUAGAAUUCAAAUGCAGUAUACAACAGAGCUACAGUGGUUUACCAACAGUAGAUUUCUUUAUGGGAUCAGUCAUAAAAAUCAUAACAUUUUAAGUAAAACACAUUUGAAUGGAGGAUGUUUAAUGCAUCUGCAAAUAUGUAAGUGCAGUUGUGAUCUGUGAAUAGAAACAACAGGAUCAUCAUUAUUAAUCCAAUCCAAUCCACUUUAUUUGUAUAGUACAGGGUUCCUACACAAGUACGAAAAGUAUGGAAAUAAAUUUGAUCAAUUUCUAGGUCUUAAAAAUUAUCGAAAAUGAAAAAUAAAGUAUAGAAAAACAUUAUGUUUCCAGGCUAUUACCACAGUUCUAAAAUACUGUUGUCUAAAAUAGAAAAGUAGGUAUUUCCAAAAAUAAUUCUAAAAAGUAGGGUAUGGAAAAGUAUGGAAGUUACAACUGUGUAGGAACCCUGAUAGUAUAUUUGAAAAACAAUCAAGUUUAGCAAAGUGCUGCACAGUGUGGUAAAAUAAGUUAAAACACACAGAACAUAAAGCGCUGUCAGAGAAUAUAAUAGAAUAAAGCAAAAGAAUCAUAAUAAAUUAUAAUUAUUAUAAAUCACAAUGAAUCAUAAAUGAUAAAGAAAUAAAAACACUGUAAGAACAAAUCAAAAUCCAAUAAAAGAACAGACAGAGACAGAAACCACACAACUCUCAUGCUGGGUUGAAAGCCAAGGGGUAAGGUGUGAUACACUGAAGAGCAAACCUGUCUCUAUGACAUUUAAAUUCCAGCCAUUUGUCUUUUUCCAUUCUUCACUCCUCAUAUGUAUUGUGUACUCUGCACAGACUAUGUUCCAGCGUGUAAAAGCCUCCUGCGUAGUGAUUGGCUGACCAGACUGGGACAACAAAUGCACCAUAAACUGGAACCAGAACAAUACCAGUACUGGUGAUAACUGACUGUGUGCUUUAAUGAAAGAACUGUUUAAAGAGAUUAGGACACUGCCAAUGAUGAUUUGGUCAUCAAAUGCAAUCUAAAAAUACUUUGUAUUCAAUACUUUGGCCAUGACCCAAUAAUGUAUUAAUGUAACCCUCUGUGGCUCUGUCUAAAUUAAUAAUUCAGGAUCGCUGGAUUUUCCUAUAAAAGCUUAAUUACCCUCACACUGACCUCGAGCAACCCGAGAAAAGGAAUGAAGACUUGAGUUCCUCCUGUAACACUUGGGAAAGUUAUCAUAAAUGAACUUGAAUGAAACCAUUUCAUUUAGAAUUUUGAGUAAUCUAAGAGAUUAACAGUCAGAUUACUUUUUUUUUUUUUUUUUUUGCAGGCCAGUGCUUAAUCCUUAUUAUUUGAGUGUAUUAUAAAGUAACUCUUGUAGCUCAGAUGAGAUGUGGCAGCACAGCAGUCAAAGCCACAGGAUAAAAGCUUGAUUGCGUUGUAAGGGGCACUAAGACCCAGUGACGGGUCGGGCGCUGCCUGGAGAGAAGCUGGUUAGUAGAAUGAGAGUAUGGCUGGGAGCCAGCAUUGGACAGGACAGCCAAGGAGAGGCAUAUCAGAUUACACUGCAUGCACAUGCCUGGAGAGAUGGGAACUGAUAGACCUAGGGCUGCACAGAAGCAUUUCCCUCAGCCAGGCUUUAUCGCAUACAUCUGCAGGAUCUAUAGCCGGCCAGCUGGAAAGAUAAUGCAGAUUUUAAACAAUGACAGAGCAAUGUACAGUUGUCUAUAGAUGGAGCAACAGAACAUCUCUUUUUUCAAAUGUAGUUAGAUUUCACUGAAGUUGUGAUACAUUUGUGUGAAAAGAUAUUGGAAAUCCUUAGUUCUGUGUAGUAUCUAGAAACACACAGGACAUUCAACUUAUCUAAUGUCAUUUAUGUUCCACUUUGUCUCUAGAGAUUUCCACAUGUACGUCAUUUACUAUCAGAUGGUGUAAUUAUAUUCAGUGUCACUGAAUCUGUCAGGUGAAUCAUAAUUCACUCAUCAGGGGGCACAACCUCAUCCUGAGUGUUAAUUGUAGAGAAACCAUGUCAUGUUGCUACGUUGCCAUGCUCAAAGUGAUUGUUUCCGUCUGCUUUGUGGAAUAAUUUCUUACCUUAGAACCUCUCUGUCUUUUAGGUAUGGGAAAAUUGUAUCCACUAAGGCCAUCCUGGACAAGACUACAAACAAGUGCAAAGGUGAGCUCUACAAACAUCAGCUGCUUGAAAGUAACUGCUGAGCAGGGACUGAAAGGUCAGGUGGUACAGAGGGGGCAAACUCAGCUCCAAAGUAUGUCAGUGUGUCAACUCUGAACUGAACUCUCUGAAAGGUUGCUGAGGUGUGACACCAGGAUUACUGGGUCACGUGUAGACACAGAGAUUGUUGAUUUUUUUGUACAAAGGUUGCAAAGGUUGGCCACUCUGAAAGUAGCCAACUAUUUUUAGGAUAUUUCAAAAGAGGACACAGCUUGUUGCACCAAAUGUAAACAAAGCAGAAGCUCUUAUCUCUUAGCUGAUCUUGUCCUGACUCCUGCAGAUGAACAAAAAGUGUUUUCUGGUAAAAAUCUCAUCCAACUAACUUUUAACAAUCAUAACUCUUCCUUUGAAUUUCUGAUCUUUAAAAACAUAUAGAGGGAGCUUUUAUUUACAUCCUUGAUUCUCACACCUACUGCCGCAGCAUUUACAGGUAUUAAAAAUAACUUAUAAAUUCUUGCAGAUGAUGGUUUUUUUUUUGCUUUUUGAGAUCAUAUUGAGGCAUCAGUUUUGAUUUUCUUUUGUUUCAUAACCAGCCGAAAACUCUGCACACUAGCCUCAAGCAUAAAACGUAGGCUGAGGGGUUUUACAGAUUUUCAGAAACAAGGGUGGAUUUCAAAAUUGCUUCCAGAUUGUGAACAAUUCUGACAGACUGUAUGUGGUAUAAUCUGCUAUAAAUUUAGCACAUACUGCUUUUUUGCUUGAAAUAAAUGUUUUAUCUUGUCUGCUUUGCACAGCUGUUUCUCUUCAACUUCAUGUCCUCAGUAUGCUCAUGUAUUCAUUAACACCUGAGCCUAUCAGUUAAUGGAAACACAAAGGUGAAAUAACCUCACAAGCACAACCACACAGGAGCUCUUACCUCUGUUCAGGUGUGUUGUGUUGUGUCGUGUAACUCCUGAUUUGUCCUCCUUUUUGAAAGGUACCAUGCCUUUAGUAUGAAAUACCUCAUAUUUUCAAUCAAACUGUAAUUAUACCCAAAAAUAUUUGUGGUCCAGGUGGAGACAUUUACAAAUCUCUACAAGCUACUGGCUUCAUUAGUUCAAUUCUCAUCUGUGUUUAGAUGAGCUAGCACCACGCACUAUAUCACACAGUCAUAACUUGUAUAUGUUGUUUGUGCGACUGGUCUCUGCAGGCUAUGGUUUUGUAGACUUUGACAACCCCACGUCAGCUCAGAAGGCGGUGACGGCGCUGAAGGCGGGUGGCGUGCAGGCUCAGAUGGCCAAGGUAAGAACCCUGCUUAAGUUUGUUAGUUUUUGGUUUCUUUGUUUCAAACAGCUUGUUUAUCAGAGUCAAAUUCCCAGCAUUUUGACAGUGACUCAGCAAAAACUUGAGUUUAUCAUCUCAAAAAUAAAUCUUGAGUCAUUACUCUUGCAGUGGAAAGGUUGUUGCUCCUGCUUACCUGCUACUUGAGAGUUUCCUCUGAAGCAAUUUCUCUAUCCUCCACAUUUUUUGUCAUUAUUUACAAUUAUAAGUCAAUUAAACCUCAGUUUAUCUGUCUGCACAUGCCUAUGUGGAUAAUAUUCUCCUUGCAUAUUUGGGUGUGUGCUUAAAUCUGUCUGUUUUAGGGGAAUAAAUGUUCCAGAGAUAAUGUGUGCGUGUGUAAAACAAGAAUUCAUGGGAGCACACAGGUACAUGUGUGUUCACAGUGUGUACGUGUGUCUCUGUUGCUUCAUCGUGGUGACGGUGUUGAGGGAGCGUGCUCCCUGUACAAAGGACCUGUCUGUUCUCCCUGGUGGCAUCUGACUCAGUGUCUGAGCAGCUCCCCAGUCAGCAGGGCCCUCUGCCCAGCCGACCGCCCUGUCAACACACACACACACACACACACACACUCACAUACACAGAGAUACAUACAGCACCCUUGACAAUCACACAUGUACUCCAUAGGCUGCUCUUGUAAGGGAUUAUGACACACACACAAGCAUGUACACGCACGCUCCCAACACCCUGGGAAAGCUGAUCUCUCGUUAAGCUGGAUCACUGACAUUCAUACGGCUCCUCUGUCGCAAAAUAACUCAAUUCCCUCUUCUACUUCAUGCUGGGUUUACAACAUGGCCUAUGUUUGCGUCAAUUUUCUCUAUGAGUCAGUCUGACUCAUUCGCAGUUGAAACCCACAGCAGGUCCUCUCUGCUCGGCGGCUCACUCUCCCGGGUUCGGGCUUCAUCUGUAGUUCGCACUGCUGUGAAAGAGGAAGAGAGGGCCAAGGUGAAGGAGAAAUCACCUUCACCACAGGUUGCAGCAAUUGCUUAUGCAUUAUUCAUGGGAUGGAAAUUAAUUCGUGCUGCAUUUACAGGUUUUUAAUCACAUCUGCACUCUGAGAUAAUGAAUAUGCAGAAUGGUUAGAGGCUGAUACAGACUGGUUAUCUGUAAAGAUCCUGCUUUUUCAAAUCAGAUUUGUUGGAGCAGGAGAGAAAAAAACACGGAGGAGUUCAUAUCCUCAGUUUGAAGAGCUUCUACCUGGGUGUUUCUACGUAUUCAAGUUCACAAAGUUGCUCAACUUGUGAGAUUGAUGCAAGCAAACAGAUCUGGCCAACAUUCAAAGUCAGGAUAACUAUAUGAAUAAGUCCCUUGGAUGCAUAUUACGUAUUAUUACUCUGACCUAGGAAGCAGAAUGAUAACACGCCUGGCGGGGAAAUGAUAAGCACAAUGCUUCAGAUGUUCCUCAGGUCAUGCCAGAGGUCUUUGUCUAAAACGUCUCAGCUGUGAUUCUCCAGUGACUGAAAGCACAUAAUCGCUGUAGAUCAUCCGCAGUUGGAGGGCCAUUAGAAAUGUAAUUAUGCUUUGAUGUCACAUUACCUGGAUCCUAUGCUUUCAUCCCCUUGAGAGGCUUGUCUCGCUCAGUGAGUGUUUUCUACCCUCAUGGUAAUAAUGUGUGGGUAAUGCAGGGAGGAACGUUUGUAGGAAAAGAGGUUCUGUGGGUGAGAAAGUGUAAAAAAGACAGAAAUGGAGGGAAAGGUUCAGCUGAAGUACAGCCAGAAUACUAUCUCCACCAUCUCUGUGUGGAUUUUUUUCUCAUUAGACCUCAUCCACCCAGCUCACUUUCUCUUACAAGGCCAAAAUGAAAUGAUCCUUUAGUCAUAAAACCCUCUUGAUGUCUCUCCUCGCCUCUGAAUUUUGAAAAGCUGCUGACUUUUUGAUUAUGGAAACUAAGAGCUCUGUCUGCUCCACAUCCUGAUUCUUGAACCUCUCAUGGCUUUUUUUCCCCAUUCAGCAACAGGAGCAGGACCCCACCAACCUAUACAUCUCCAACCUUCCUCUGUCCAUGGACGAGCAGGAGCUGGAGAACAUGCUGAAGCCCUUCAGCCAGGCCAUUUCCACUCGUAUCCUCCGUGACGCCAAUGGAACCAGCCGAGGAGUGGGCUUUGCCAGGUAAAUGCUUCGGCUAUUUAGCGUUAAACAUUCAGUCUGCUAGUUAAAACUGAUCACUGAGGUUGGAGCUGAAUGUACUAUGAUGAAAAUAUACAGUUAUAAGAAGAAACAAGUAGUCAUUGUGAGUAAAAGAUCAGCUUUAUUUUCUUGUAUUAAUCAAGGUGAGUGAGCCCUCUGGUGGCCAGUACAGGUAGGAAGUCUGAAUGGAAGUUUACUCUGUGUCACACAACAACACGAAGUAAACUUUGUAUUAACUUUCCUUUUAGGAUGGAGUCAACAGAGAAAUGUGAAGCCAUUAUCCAACACUUUAAUGGAAAAUAUAUCAAGACUCCACCUGGAGUUCCAGGUGAGCUUUCUAUCCUUUCUUGUUUAACUGAAACAACUUAAAAAAUAUAUAUACCUUUACAUUCUCAUUCUUAAAACACAAAUCCUCCUGAUCAUUCCAGUGCCAUCAGAACCCUUGUUGUGUAAAUUUGCCGACGGAGGCCAGAAGAAGCGUCAGAGCCAAGGCAAAUAUCUCCAGAAUGGGCGGUCCUGGUCGAGAGAUGGGGAGAGUGUGAGUUCUUCAUGUCCUGAUGACUUCUGAGGAAACACAGCUUUGGGUGGCUGACUAAUAACACAGAUCUUUGUCUUGCUUUUUCAGGGAGGGAUGACCCUUACAUAUGACCCCACCACAGCCUUACAGAACGGGUCAGUUCUACCACUGGAAUUAACCCUGUGUACAUAUGCAGAAAACAUGACAUGAUGUGGUGUUGACAAUUAUGUCUCUCUCUUUCUCUGUAUAUUACUUUAUAUAGGUUCUACUCCUCUCCAUACAGCAUUGCCCCAAACAGAAUGAUUGGGCCGUCCUCCCUUUCUCCAUACAUGCAUUCACCUGUGUCCACAUACCAGGUACAGUCAGAGCCUCAAAGCUUAUGAAACACCACCAACCACACUUUCUCUUAAGUGUGUCUUAUCCUGGUUUAUAUAUAUUCUUCUUGUUCAUGUAGGUACACAACCCCUCCUGGUUACAUCACCAGUCGUACAUCAUGCCACCCACAGUGAGUAUCAUCCCACUUCUUGUUUUUGUUGGCUUUUUAUAUUGCUUUAUACUCUCUCAGGCUGUCUGAAUAAGAGCCUCUUUGUACUGAUAAUAAGAAUGAACACUUCUGUUUGUUCUCCACAGGGAGCAGUUCUGACACCAGGAAUGGAGCACACCAUGUCCAUCCAGCCGACGUCCAUGAUUGGACCCCUGACGCAGCAGCUUAGUCACCUCUCCAUGGGCAGCAGUGGCACAGUCAGUGGAAAAGCUAGUAUUCACUCAAAAAUGAAAACGCAGGUUGUAGUAAAACUUGAGGUCAUUAAUCAAGCAAAAUAUCAGACAUUCGCCCAAUGUAAAGAAUUUUUAGAGUAUAAUCUGCAUGUCAUGGCUCCAUGCAAGCUGUUCUCUGAAUGAAGCAGGAUUGAAGACUGUGAAUAGAGUACACAAUACACAGUCUAUUAGCAGGAUAUUAUUUUUAGCUUGUCCUGAUUUAAUAACUCUAAUUGUCCAAACAAACUGAAUCUACUCAUCAAUCUGGACAAUUUAGCAGGAACAGAUGUACCAGACUGAUUCAAUUACUUAAAACUGCUUGUAAUACAAACAUUAAACUAACAAAAAAUACUAAAUGCCAUAAUCUGCUGGUUGGUUUACUACAGAAAAUUAAGUCUCAUUGGUUGAAAUCAUGUUAUUCAUCCUAGUUCAACGUAAAUUAUCAUAACAUUUGCCAAGUAGUAUUUGAUUGAUAGCUACAGAUAAUUUAAAAGAAAUAGUCUAAACCAUUCAUUACUGUCUGAAUAAACAAACUAAGAAUUUACAGCUACUUGAGUCAAUGAACAGAAAGCUCAUUCUACUUUUUUCAUGCAGCUAUUAUUGAUCCUCAAAAGUCAAAACUACAUUGUGCAGAUUUAUGCUCAAGGAUGUUCAGCAACAAUAAAAGGUGUCACGUUUAGCGGAAUUAUUAAUUUCUUUAAAGACUAUACAUGUAUUGCAGGAUAAGUUUGUGAUCACAAGGUAGCAGAAACUGGCAGUCAGAUAGAAUGAUCUCAGUUUUCGUUUUCGUAGCUGAUAGUUCAUUGUUUUUAGAGCUACCAAAUCUUUGAAUGAAGGUAACUGGACUUUUAUUUUGGUAAAUCAGCAGGUUAGCAGUUUGAGAAGCCCCCUCUGUUACUCUAGUCUAGAUUAACAAAGACGUGUAGCUUUGACCACUGUAUCAUUAUACAAGUGUUAUUGCCAAUGUAGCUGUAAUGUCUAAUGAAGCUAUAAUGUUCCUCCUGCAGUAUAUGCCUGCAAACACAUCUAUGCAGGGGACGUAUAUCCCCCAGUACACCCAAGUGCCUGCCACCAACAUCUCAGUCGAGGUAAUGUCCUCUUCUUUCAAGAACAGUGUGCCACUAAAAGGUUGAAGACUUACUCAUGGGUUUAAUAUUCAAUGCCUCUCUCUCUCAGGAAAGUGCCGUCCAACCACCUGUUGCCAUAGAGACACCCACAGAACACACAACCUACCCCUACCAGCAUAACAAGUGAAGAGGUGGGUUCAGUCAUAGCUCAUUUUGCAUGUAUGGAAAUCCAAAAGGAUUGUUUUGUCUAGCUAUUUUAUGUCCUUCUUCAGUGAGAUCAAACAUGGUAACAUAACAGUAAGGAAAAUGUGGUGCUGGAUUGCUCUAACAUUAAUUUACAAAAGUUGAGCAACAAACUUGAUGACGUACAAAGCACUUAAAAGUACAUGAACAUGUUAAGUGGAUUAAGGUUAAGUGCAAAGACACACUGCUUCAAGUAGUGUAUCAAGAGAGUAUGACAGGUAAAGUCACACUGUGAGCAACUUAGAGGAGAAAUGGCAGGAGGUAAUACUGCAUGUGGUGUUAAAAGCACAAUGGGUGACCCUUACUGUUGUAAAGGAAUAUUGCAAAUUAUAUGAAUUAAUGAGCAUAAACAAAGAAUUUAUGCUUAACAGUAAUCUUGCAAACUGCAGUGAAAAGUGUUAAUGCACACAGUGUGAGACAGUGUGAACAAGAGACUGACAACUGUGUAAUGGUAAAAAUACACUCAGAAGAUCAUCUCACAACUAGGUGAGGUUAAACUGCAAUCAGCAGGAGCUUGACUGAGAACAAAAAAAAGGAAUUUCCAGAGAGGCUGAGUCCCUCAGAAAUAAAGAUGGGAAGAGACUCAUCACUCUGUGAGACACAGACCAAGGAAGUUAUUUAACAAUUUCAAAAUAAUGUUGCUCAGAGUAGAAGUUUAAAUCAUUUGGAGGCUUCAUCAUCUGCAGUAUGUAAUAACUUUAAAAGAUUCUGUACAAAAAUAUCUACACAACAGGAACAAGGCGGAAAACUAAUACUGGAUGGCUGUGAUCUUCAGGCAAACAUGUGGCACUGUGUUAAAAACAGACUUAACUCUGAAGUGGAAACCACUGCAUGGGCUCAAAAUCACCCUAAAAAACAGUCAGUCAUUGCUGCAUCCACAUGUGCAGUUUAAAAUUGUACCAUGCAGAGAGGAAACAAUGAACAAACAUCCAGAAAUGUAGGGACUUCUCUGAGCCCUGUUUGAGGCGAACAGAGGAAAUCAUGGACGCCACAUCCUCCACUCUGAAGGAGAUUAUAUACAAGGCCUGUAAUCAGCACACAGUUCAAAAGCCACCAUUAGUGCUGAAUAAUAUAUACAGGUUUUGGAGCAACAUAUGCUGUCAUCCAGACAAUGCCUCUUCUUAGGGGAGACCAUGUUUCAGCAGGAUACUACCAAACCAAACCACAUUCUGCAUGUAGUACGGCAGCAUGGCAGAGUUGUGGGAGAAUCCUGGGACCUAACUGGCCUGUCCAUCUGUCCAGAGUCCUAACUUGUCAUUCACUUAAAACAUUAAAUGCAUCAAAAAAUACAACAAAGGAGACCCCAAACUUGUGAAAAAGUGAGCUGAUAUAAUGUAUAAUGCUUUAGAAACCCCAGAAACGGGUGAAACUAGGGAUGUAAAAUAUAGCGCUAGAUUAAAAUGUUAAAAUGCAACGUGAAAUCCAAUUUUCAUAAGAUAUGAGAAUUAGUAAUACAUAUGAUGACCUGCUCUUUUUGUAGCGUGUCUCAAAGUGACACUUUUUUAUCAAAUGGAACUAUUGGAACAAUGACAGACCAAAACAGAGCUUGUGUUAUGAAGCUAAUUUUGCACAUGAUACAAAAAGGAGUAUUGCAAUUGAUGAUAAACAAAGCACAGCGUUGGUAUUGACACUGGAUCAGCUGAUGAUAUGGGAAGUAUUAGCUCUUAUCUCUAACUGGCCUGUUUCCCCCCUGUAUUAGGUCUUCCUCUGGAGCCAGAGUGAUCCCCAAAGAGCUCAAGUGCUUGAAAACUCAACACAGUGACUCUGCAUGUAAGGCGCUCAACGCUCUGGAGGAACACGGACUGUGAUGCAGAAAGGACAAACAAAAGAUUUUUUCUACAAACUCAUAUUUUCAAACAAAUUCCUUUUUUUUCCCCAAGAAAGCAAGACUGGAGGACCACACACACACAACAGGAGCAAUGGAGGAUUAGAAGAAGGAGCGUCUGUUUUGAUUGCAGUCAAGAAAAGUCACAGACACCACAAGGUUUAAAAGAGUUCCUGAAGCAGGAAAAGAACAGUUCCAACGUUUUGUUCUGAGUCGCGUUUUGUUUGGACCUUUUGUAAGCUGUUCUGUUUUUUCCUGUUUUGAAUUUGCCUUUUUUGUACAUAAUUCCUUGCUGUGUUUCUAGCUUCAUGUUUCCUAGUUUUACUGGUUGAUGCAAAUAUUUGAACCUUACAAGGUUGAAAAAGAUGAGCAGCGGUCUUUUCAAAAACUAGGGUCUCAUCCUUUUGGCAGAUAUGGUGCUGACUUGGAUUAGUUUCUCUUCAAUUCUGUCAGGUGAUGAACCUCAUUUCAAGAGCGUUUAGUUCUUAUUGGCACUUCACUCUCAUAGUUUAGAGUUCUAACAAUCUUAACAAAAGCUUCAGACAAUCAUACGAUUACAAAGAAGAGAGGAAACAGUCGUUAAACGGAUUUAAAGCAUUCCAGAGAUGGUCACGGAAAGUUAUUCGUCCCCUUCGAGCCGUACCUCUUGAUAAAAUCCAAAGUUGCUUUUUACUGGGAUCACAUCUCACACAGAGCUGCCUGUAAAUAAGAGAUUUAAAUGUAUGUCGGCUUUCCUUCCAUUUCCUUCCCGUUUAGUAAUGCUUCAGUUGUAACAACAAUAUUGUCCAGACACUGCACUUCCAUUCAGUGUCUCCUCACAUCCCUUUUAAAAAAAAAGGGAAAUUAAACUUUCUUUUUCUUAAAAUUGUACUUUAUAGAGUGAGAGUUGGACGUUGUUGUCAGAUGAAGUUGUUACUGUAAAGACAUGGAGAUCAACAGGUAAAGUGUAGAUCUGUAUCUUCAGAAAAACACUAAGGCUAGGAUAGAGAAUCCUUCGAUACUGGCUGUUGUUGUUUUUCCUUCAGCUUCAGUUUUUCGGCUUCAUGUUUUUUUUUUUACAACUCUUAUUUAAAAGUUUGGUUUUUUUUAAUCCAGUUUUUAAUGCUUAAAAGAUUUGUCCUUUUUUUCAGAAGCCUUGAUUUUAUUUUUAUAGUGUGUUGUGUACUUUGAAAGUAAGAAGUAGAUGUUUUCAGCUUUUCUGUCUCUAAUUUGUUGUAAUUUAGAGAUGAAUGAUGAAUCUUUUCUCAGUCUGGUUCCGGUGCUGUUGUCAAAAACGUUUUAUCGUGUUUUUUUUUUUUCUGCAGAUGUUUCAGGUUUUUUUGUGCCACAACUGUUGGCAUCCGGUGACUCCUGAUCACAGAUAACUCAUGUAUGCUAGGUUCAGAUGCAUCGUUACAGUUUGUUGUGCCCUAAGCAGUCGGGAACAAUGUUUAUUGCAGACGUUUAUGUUCAAAAACCUCAACUUACCUCAUCCUGCCAGAGCAGCGUAGAUUCAGUUAGUGUACAAGGUUCACAGGCAAUAACCAACUACAGGAGGUCUCAUGGCUGUUCACAGCUGGUUCUGUGUCAACUUCCUUUAACUCUUCUGUCCAAUAUACACCCAAGGUCUUGUGAUCUAUGCAAUUUAUUUAUUAUCUUUAUAAAUGCAAUACUACAGAUAUCCAAGAACCACCUCACUCCACGACUUCAGGCUCUCAUUGCGGUUAUUUUUGAUAUACAGUACAUGCUUUCAGAUUUGUGUGUUUUUCUGACUUGACACAUGGUUCAUUCAUCACUGCAUUAAAAAGGGAACUGUUUCAAACCAUUAUGUGGUUUUUCACAUGACUGUAGGAAAUGUAGAAACUCUAGAAAAGUCUGUGAAGACAAGCUGCCAACUCGUCUAUCAUGCUUCGAUUUGAAAGGAUGCCUUUAAAGGGUUGUUUCGUGUAAUUCUUCAUUCCAUCCAGUUGUUUUUUUAGGUCAAAGCUUCAUGUCUGACCACCUCCUGUUUGUUAACUUCUGCUCUCUUGAGUAAUCGUUGCAGGUGUCUUUUUUUUGUUAGUUUUUUUGUAAUUCAUGGAACCAUUCAUUUCCAGGUGAAAGUUUAACUUCACAUAAAUGCCUUAGAUUUCACUGAAGAAGAUGGUGAAGUGCUUUUUGGUUUGGAUUUGGUGUGCUUGAACUCUUGACUGGAACUUGCUUUUACCACACUGCUAGUGUUGAAAAGAUUUGUCUUCUAUCGAACUCCUCUGAACCGAUCGAUGAAGCAAAGAGUAAACAGCUUUUUAUUGUUUCCAGAAAACUGAAAAGAAAAUAUUGAAAGAAUAAAACUGUUGCUGCUAAUUUUGGAUCACUGUUGGAAGUCUAUCAGUCUAAGGUCACUCAUUUUCAAGUCCUUACGGGAUUGGUUUGUGUCUCACGUUCAUCUGUCUGUAUGCAGUCUUUUUGUGAAUAAACCUAUCCUCAGUCUGUCUAUGUCAUGAUGCAGCUUUGUCUUCUUCUCUACUUUUAACUUGGUUUGUUUUUUUGUUUUUAAAUAAAGGUUUUCCACUGCGG